UUGAAAUGGGCAGUACGUGCUGCUAGCUGGUGGAAAUGGCUGGAGCUAGAGAUGUUGUGUUGUAUGGUGUUUUGUUUGCGUCUGUGUUUUGUAUUUUCUCAUGGAAGUUCUCUAUUCUAGGCAUAAGAGCUGCUCUACAGCUGGCAGGUCGGGGGCUGCUGCUGCUGGCUGUGGCAGCCUGGAUGGCCUCCUGCUUAUUACCCAAGCUGAAGACUUACCUGCUGCCUGAAAGUCCACUGGAGAGUCCUGUUGAUGAAGAGAACAGCAGGCAGAGACAGGAGCAGGCCAGAAGAGAACUGCAGCAGAAACAUGUUGUUAAGUCCAGUGCUUAUCAUGAAUCUGUGCUGAAGCCUCGGGGGGAAGCAGCGCGCAGGAAGAAAGAGGAAGACUUCUAUCACAUGACUGGACAGACAUGGAAGCUUAGCCAGGGUACUGCUCUCGGAGGGGAGGGAGGUACUGAAGCAGAUGCAGAAGAGGGGGAUGAGACUCCCAGCCAGAGAGCAGCAAGGAGACGAAAGCAGCUCGAGAAACCACAUCUAACUCCUGUUCAAAAAGAACGCCCUAAAGAGAAAAGGAUCAUAAUUUUACCUGAUGAGCCCUCUGAAAAUGCUGAGGGGGUUGUGAGAAUUGCACUGAGAGUUCCAGGUGGAAGGACGGUACAGAGAAGGUUCCUCAGAAGCUGCAGUUCUUCUGUGCUUUUGGACUGGCUGCACAAGUCUGGAUAUCCUCCCACAAUAUAUGGCUUGUACACCUCCUUCCCUAGAAGACCACUCAUCACACACACAGACCUCAGCAUGGAGGAUGCUGGGAUUGUUAUGGACACCGCUCUUAAUGUGGGGGAAAUGGACCCUGAUGAACCCUGAUACAACCUGAUACUAUUUUAUAGAGUCUUCUGAAUGGACUUAAAAGAAGAUAAUUUAGGAAUUCCUGGAUUUCACAGGGUUUUUUUUUAUUAUGUUUGAUUUUUUACUCUUAUAAUUGUUAUUCUAUUAAUUAUAAUAUAAUAAGCCUGUGUUUGUCUGAACAUUGAUUUCUAUGCUUUUAGAACUUUAUGAAUAUGAACUUCUUUUCUUUGCAUUAUUUUGAGGUCUGAAAGCUCUGCUUUUUUUGUUAUUUCAGCCAUUUUUUAUUUUCUGCAAAAAAAAAAUGCUCUAAAUGACAAUAUUUGCAAUUUGGGAGAAAUGUUGUCUGUAGUUUAUAGAAUAAAUAAAUGUUGAUUUUACUCAAACAUAUACCUAUAAGUAGCAAAAUCAGAGAAACUAUUAAUUCAUUUACAGGUAAUAAAAAUAACAUUUUGCCCUCCUAUUAAAAAAAAUUUUUUUUUUAAUCUAUGCAUAUAUAGAUGAGUGAAUUGAUUGAUUUAUCCUCGCUUAUCUUGCCAAAAUUGGAAAUAUGGGUGAAUGUUAUGAUUGCAUAUUAAGUAGGACAGUUUCAAAUGGUUAAAUCAGCAUCACUGUAAAUUAGCUGCUCCUACCAAUCCUAAAUUAAUCCUGAGUAAUACCGGUAUAAACUAGCAGACUCAUCCUGGCUCAGCAUGACUGUCUCUCUGAGUCACUCUUAGUGUUUGGCUCCCUCAUGUGGUAUUAAUGUUUAAUGUACAGGUGCAUGAGAGCUUUAAAAUGGUAGCAGAUGAAACACUAGAGGUCCAAAAAGACCUUUUUCUUAUAAAUACAAUAUUCAUACAGUUGUCUAGUUAAAAAAAAAAAGGUAAAUGUGUGUUUUUUUCUGUAUUUUUAGAAUUAAUCACAAAGCACAUUUUAGGUAUCACAUUGUGAAAAAAACAAGUGCAUCAAAACACAUCACAAUAAAACCACAUUGGAACGUU